CGAAAAUGCCCCUCAUGGAACUUUCAUUCCCUCGCAUUCCAAGCCUCCAGCAGAGUUGUCGCGAAGGACGAGCAUGUAAGCAGAGUGAGCUCGCCGCAGAUAACAUUCGCGGGAGCAGUGCUGCAUUGCCAACGCUGGAAGUGGAUAAGGUGAAGGGCAUGUCGAACGCCGUGGCGAAUGGGCUGGCCGGAGCCGGCGGUGGUAUCAUCGCUCAGAUUGCAACGUAUCCCCUCCAAGCGGUGAAUACGCGCCAACAAACCGAGAGAAUCGCCAAGAAGGACCUCGCUAAUUCGAGUGGGAGUUUGCCAUCUCCCAAUCGCUUUGCAGGUGGUACGCUUGUUCAAAUUCUUCAGGUUAUAAGAAGCGAAGGCUGGGGAGGACUCUACAGUGGCCUUAAGCCUUCACUCCUCGGGACUGCUGUUUCACAGGGUGUAUAUUACUAUUUCUAUCAGGUUUUCAAAAACACAGCUGAGGCUAUUGCAGCUGCCCAAAGAGACAAUGGACAUGGAGAUGGUACUGUUGGCAUGUUUUCUUGGCUUUUUGUGGCAGCCAUUGCUGGGUCUUUGAAUGUGUUGCUGACGAACCCAAUAUGGAUUCUUGUAACUCGUAUGCAGACACAUACUCAAGCAGAAAGGAAAAUUAUGGAGGCGAAGGAGGCUGCAUUGAGAGAAGCUUUUGAAAGCGGUUUGAUAGAUUCAAGUUCUUUGCAAGAGAAAUUGACUGAAAUUCACACUGUAAAACCUUCUCCAUAUGGAAUGCUGCAUGCGGCAAAUGAGGUUUAUAAUGAAGCUGGAAUUAAUGGAUUUUGGAAAGGCAUCAUUCCAACUCUUAUCAUGGUGUGCAAUCCAUCAAUUCAAUUUAUGAUUUAUGAAAGCUCAUUGAAGCAUCUAAGGGCAAAACGUGCUACAAAUAAGCAGGGGUUGAAAAAUGUGACAGCACUGGAGGUUUUCUUAUUAGGAGCCUUGGCAAAAUUGGGAGCCACCAUCUCAACCUACCCUUUGUUAGUUGUUAAGUCAAGGCUUCAAGCAAAGCAGGAGAUAGGUGGUAGCAACUCAUUACGAUACUCAGGUACUCUGGAUGCAAUAAUCAAAAUGAUUCGUCAUGAGGGAUUGCCUGGCUUUUACAGAGGGAUGAGCACAAAGAUAAUGCAGAGUGUUUUUGCAGCCUCUGUACUUUUCAUGGUUAAGGAGGAACUCGUCAAGGCUUAUAUGGCGCUAGCAGUUAAAUCACGGAAGGUUUUGCUGGGUGUAGUGAAAUGAUUUCUUCAACGGGUGCAAAAGUUCACCUACUAGAUUUGAAGACUCUGACGCAGACCCAUAUUGCUCACGAAAAUUAUUUUUAUAAUGAUGCGCCAAUUCACGCAAAUUAACUAUCAAAAUAUUCCUAGCUAUUAGACUGGAAUGUUGCUGUGAAUCUUUGCAAGCACACACAAAACCUUACUUGUAUUGGCAUAUGUGCCUGCUAACCAUUCUUCAAAUUUGGAGAGAUCCUGAAUUUGAAUUUGUUGUGAGUUUGGAUAAUGUGAUAUAAAAUUGUACUAAAAUUUAUUCAAAUCUAUUUAAAUUCAAAUUUAAGGUCUUCAAUGUUCUCAAA